AUGCCCAAGCUGGAGUUGUUCUGGCCGACCAGUUUCCACUUCCUCGCGCCACUUGGCAACGCGACCGGUGCCUUUGCCGAGCUCGCCCAAUUCGCUCAGCUCGCCGGCGGCCGAGUCCUCGAUGCCGACGGCGACGGCGACGGCAACGGCAACGGCGAUGGCAACGGCGACGGCGAGGCCUUGUUGGCGCCGACCUGCGCGUCGAUGAGUCGCGGAUCCGGCGUCAGCCUGACCCGCGACUAUCUGCUGGAGGAGGCCGGUUUCCGACAGACGGCGCUCGGCCUCUCGCUCGUCUGUGACGUCUUCAUUCUCCUUGGCAACGGGCUGUUGGUGCUCAGUUUGUUUGCCUCGGGCCGGCUCGUCUGCUCGCCGGGCCGGCCGGCGUUGCCGGGGCCGAUGGCGACGGCGACGGCGACGGCGACGCGGCGCCACAACCAGCUGGACCGGUUGCUGCUGGUGCUGGCGCUGUUGCACUUGGCGUCCGUUCUGCUGCCCGGCCUCUUCUGGGCCUACCUCGACGCGGCGACGCGGCCCGACGGCCUCGCGGCGCCCGGCGCGCCUCGCCGUCUCGCCCUUUUGCCCAACGUCUACGCGGCCUACCAGACCGGCCACCUCUGCCUUCAGCUCGGCGUGCUCGUCGUCGUCGUCAGCCUCUGCCUCGACCGGCUGGUCGUCGGGCUGCAGUUGCGUCGCGCCUGCGCCGCCAUGCACCGGCUCGACCAGCUCUCGUUCGCCGUCGCCGUCGCCGACGCCGUCGCCGUCGCCGCGCCUCGCGCCACCGUCAAGUCGACCAGCAGCCAAUCGCUCUUCUCCCUGCGCGCCGGCCUGCUCGUCGCCGGCCUCUGCCCGGCGGCCCGACUCGUCAGCCUUCGGCUGGCCCUCUGGCCGCCCGGCCGCGCCGCGCCGCGCCGCAGGUUGGUGCUGCUGGUCGCGGGAUUCGUGCUCGUCUGUCUCUGUAUCAUGCUUGUCAGUCUGGCCUGCUCCGGCCGCGCUCUCCAACGCUCCCGGCGACAGCGCCUCCGCCGGCUCCGGUCGCGCAGCCUCUCCCGCCUCCAGCUCCUCGGGCCGCCCGGACAGACCGGCUGUCUGGCCGGCAGGACUCGAGCCAAGGACCGUCUGCGCAUCUGCCGGCCGGCAGAUGAGCCACUGACCGAGGCCUAUUGCCUCUGUCCGGGCUGCCGGAGAAGACGCCGCAUCGACCGGCUCACCGACAGCUGGCAACAGUACCUCAGCGUCUGUCUACUCGCCGCAUGCUCGGGUCUCAUGUGGACAUUCACUGCCGUGAGUCGCCAUGACAACCCUCCUUCCCUCCUCUUUGAGCUGGGCUCGGUUGGAGCUCAAUCGGAGGACACUUGCCUCUCCGACUCGGGCCCGACGGUCAGGCGGUGGCCGAAGAUGCGCCAACCUGAGUACAGUUCGUUUUGA